AUGACUAACUCCAAGUACGAAGACGACUUCUGGACUCUGAAGAAAUGCGGCGAGGAAAACGGAAUCGUAUUCGCAGCACAUCCAUUAAUUCACCAUUUCCCAUGGGACGUGAAUGAGAAGAGAUCUAGAGCCAAUCUGGCAGAAGUAGCGUCGCAUUCCACGUGGCAUCGUGCAGCACAGCAACAAGCACCUAGCUCGUUGUGGCGUCACCGCAAUACGCUCACAGAGUAUCAAGUAUGGGUAGCCUAUCGUGUGGCCACCAUGCAGCUCAAUCUUUACCAUCCAGGGCGCAAGAAUAACAAUGCAUGCAAGUUGCUCCCGAGCUGUGAUCGUGCCAAGGAAACACUAGAACAUAUCCAUUGGGGUUGUCCAUGUGCGCAAGCAACAUGGACUAAGUUGCUCGGGAUGUGGGCCGGAGAAGAGAUAUCACCAGUCACUAUAAAACAGUUUCAGCGAUACUGCGCCUCAAGGAAGGCGCCGCCUCUCUCGAGAACGAUCAAGACGUGA